AUGUCUACAGCAGAUGCCACUAUCAACACCAAGACGGGCAACCACCCCGUGGACCCCUACAAGACCCAGAACUUCGAAGACCCGCCUCUCCCUGAGAAGAUCGAAGACCUGGUCGAAUUUAUCUCCCAAGUUAAAUUUGGCAUGUUGACAACCAAGCAAUCAGAGGGUGACUAUCUGGCCUCGCGAUGCAUGGCAUUAGCCGCAACUGAGAACGGUGGCAUCGACCUCAUUUUCCACACAAACCUUUUCUCCGGAAAAACAAUGGAUCUUACUGUGCACCCACAAGAAACAAACAUGUCCUUCCUCGACCCUGUCACAGGAGCCUGGGCCUCCAUCUCAGGCACUGCGUCAGUGGUUGGUGAUCCCGCCACCGUGAAGAAGUACUACUCGCCCACACUCAAGGCUUGGCUUGGCGAUAUGGGGGAUGGUGCCAAGUUAGCCACGCAUGUUGUUCCGCACAAGGGUCUGCUUGGACGUGCUGUUGAAAGUAUUAAGGGUGCUGUCCAAGGAAACGUGCCUCAUGUCAAUGGCAUUCGAGAGUUGAGUAUGCAGGAGUUGGCUGAGUGGCGCCGGACGCAUCAGGAAUAA